AUGUCGUUUGUGUGCACUGUGUUGUUCGACCGGCAGCACCUGGUUGCCAAAAACCUAGCAGGACGUCUUCAUGAAGCACUUGGGCAUGUUAUCAAGGCUGUCAACUUGAUAAAAAGUAGUGCACUGAAAGAUCGCCUCUUUCAGCAAUUAUGUGAAAAGAACAAUGAAGAAUUUGAAAAACUUGUGUUGCACACAGAAGUCAGGUGGCUUUCUAAAGGGAAACUCAAGCUGUUCUGGUUGAACCUUGGAAGACGAGAGUUUGCACAGUUUCCUUCCUUAGCAGUUAUUUCCACCGAUCUGCUUGAUGAUGACCUAGCAGUGUAUGUUGACCAUCUGAAGCAGUUGCGUAAUGAUAUGGACACUCGCUUCUCUGACCUACUCCAAAUGACUGUGCCACACUGGUUUGUGGAUCCCUUCAUUGCUGAUGUAUCUGAAGUUGAUGUCACCUUACAAGAAAGUCUCAUUGAACUUCAGAAUAACACAACAGCUCAAGCAAGGUUCAAGCGUGGAGGACACCAGAAGCUGUGGAUGAAUCAAGAUGUGUAUAAGAAGUACCCAAUACUCUGGAAAGAUGUGAAGUUGCUCUUACUUGCCUUCCCACGUCUUACUUGGUUGAGACUGGUUUCAGUCGGGUGA